AUGGGCGUCAUCCGGAAAAAGACGGUCACGAGAGGGGAAGGUGGCGUGAAAUAUGUUUGCGAUGUUUGCUCAUCCGACAUCACAUCGACAGUUCGCAUUAGGUGCGCGGACUCGGCAUGUUCUGAUUUCGACCUGUGUGUGUCCUGCUUUGCCAAGGGAGAGUCUCGGAAUACCCAUGACCCAGCAACUCAUGCGUUCCGAGUCAUUGAGCAGAAUUCCUUCCCCAUUUUCGAGCGCGACUGGGGCGCCGACGAGGAACUGCUUCUGCUAGAAGGCGCUGAAAUAUACGGCCUGGGGUCAUGGGCGGAUAUCGCUGACCAUAUCGGAGGAUUUCGUGAAAAGGAUGAAGUUCGCGAUCACUAUCUUCGAACAUAUGUAGACUCGCCGUGCUUCCCACUACCCAAACGAUGUCGGCCACGUGAUUGCGAGCUCGCCAAUGAGGUGCCUCGCGAGGAGUUUCAGGCGCAAAAGAAGAGAAGGAUAGAGGAGCGGCGGGAAAAGUCCAAGAGCGCGCCAGCUUUGCAACCAAAGACGAAACCAACAGCCAGUGUGCCGAGUUGCCACGAAAUUCAAGGUUUUAUGCCUGGACGUCUGGAGUUUGAGACGGAAUACGCCAACGAAGCAGAGGAAGCGGUGCAGCACAUGCAGUUUGACCCUGGUGACGGACUGAAUCCGCGAACUGGCGAGCUCGAACCAGAAAUGGAGCUCAAGCUGACAGUGAUGGACAUCUACAACUGUCGACUCACGCAAAGGGCGGAAAGAAAAAAGGUCGUCUUCGAGCAUGACCUGCUGGAAUAUAGGGAAAACACCAAGGUUGAGAAGAAACGAUCAAAAGACGAAAAGGAGCUGCUGCAAAAGGCCAAGCCGUUUGCAAGGAUCAUGAACCACAAGGACUUCGAGGACUUCAACCAAGGACUUAUCGACGAGCAGAAUCUGAGGCAGGCCAUUUCCCAGCUACAAGAAUGGCGCAGCCUCAAGAUUGGAGAUCUUCGCAGCGGCGAAAAGUACGAGGCGGAAAAGGCAGCGCGAAUUCAAAGGGCGGUGCCCAUGGGCUCAAUGGACAGGGAGAGGCUGGCGACAAACCAACGGUCAAAGCAACAGGCGCCCCCGGAUCCGCCCAGCGGUGCGGCACUCCUCGUCGCACCGGAACUGGCGCUUCGACCUACUGCCCAGACAAACGGAGAAGGGGUCAAUGGCGAUGCUAAGCCCCCGGCCAGCGGCGAAGCCAACGGCGUCGAUGGCGUCAACGGCAUCAACGGCCACACCCCGCUUAGGCCAAAACACAUGCCGCAGCCGAUUUCUGGUUUGCAGCCCCUUCAGCUGAACCAAGACACGGCGGCAGACUUGCAUCUCCUCACGCCCGAAGAAGCCAAACUUUGCGAAGGCAUCCGACUCCAACCCAAGCCGUAUCUGAUGAUCAAAGAGCAAUUACUCAGGGAGGCACUGAAGACGAAUGGGUCGUUGAAGAAGAAGCAAGCCAAGGAAAUAUGCCGCCUCGACUCGCAAAAAGGGGCGCGGAUUUUCGACUUUUUCAUUAGCGCUGGCUGGUUAGGCAAGGCAUGA